GCUGUCUAUGUAGAUCUCUUGUCAGUGGUCGCAGGGUUGGUAACCAAUAGAACGGCGCAUAGAUAAGCUUCACUUUUUUCGAAGGUCGGGGUUUAUCAGCUACCUAGGAGGUAGGUACGGUACGUAUUGUACAACGUGGGGCUCAGAUUGUGGGGCCCUAUGUACCGUUUUCUCUAACGGAAGUGCUUUUUACUUUUUCCCACCUCUUCUUGUUUGUAUUAUCUUUCAUAUAAGUCAUCUUUCGGGCUUAUAACAUUCUUCCAAAACUUCCCAAAGUCAAGUGUGAUUCAAGCAAAGUUUCGUCUAGUUACUACCGCAUCCGAAUUCCGCCUCUGUACAGUCACUAGCCGCGAUCGCGAACACCUACCCUCGAAGCACAAACUAUCCUGUUAACCAGGAUGUCCUCCAAUGCUCAUGAAGAUAUUGAGCCAGGUGUCGUAACAACUCCCAAAGUCUCUGGACCAUGGACGGUUGAGAAGGUGCUGGCGCAAAUACACCCUGCAGCUCCUCCGGAGGGUUCGAGCUCACCAAUCCCUUUCUUCCAUAUCCUUGAGCGGUUAAAGACAGGCAAGCGAGAAGGAUGGCGACGGUUCGGUAUCAACAAAGGCGAAUCGAUCGCGGACCACAUGUAUCGCAUGUCCCUAAUAACCUUCCUAUGCCCCCCCUCGCUUGCGUCCAAACUCGACCUUAAUAAAUGUAUGAAGAUGUCUCUCGUUCAUGACAUGGCCGAAUCCAUUGUCGGAGACAUUACGCCGGUAGAUGGAGUGCCGAAACCGGAGAAGAGCCGCCGCGAGGCUGAGACGAUGGACUACAUUUCCAAGAACUUACUGGGUAAUGUGUAUGGAGGGGCUGCCGGGCAGGAUAUCCGGGCCAUUUGGCAAGAGUAUGAGGACUCUAAAACACCCGAAAGUCUCUUCGUCCAUGACGUGGACAAGAUUGAAUUGUUGUUGCAGAUGGUGGAAUACGAGAAGCGAGUAGAUAAGCGUCUGGAUCUGGGCGAGUUCGCAUAUGUUGCGACUAAAGUUGUACUUCCGGAAGUACAGGAAUGGGCAAAGGAGAUCCUCAAAGAACGCGACGAAUUUUGGGGCUCAGCACCGCAUAUUCAUGGGGAGGCUGGUGUGAAUGGCGGUGUGGAAAAGACGACGGCACAGGAUCAGGAUGCGUACUACUCUAAGGAGGAGAGCUAGAAAGGAGGCCAUUAAUGCGGCGGUAAGCGAAACAUAUCGUGAGAUGGCGGUUUUAUGCCGACACUGGAGAGUUUUUGUAGCCCAUUCCGCUUUUUGCUUUAUGGUCCGGUAUAGAACAUCGUCAAAUCGAGUAUACGGCAGCUAGAAUGGGCAUAGUGGUUCGGGAUGGCGUACGGCAUAAGGCAUAAGGCAUAGGGUAUACGGUUAUGAUACCUAAGAUAUAGUAAGGUACCUGACCUACCUGUAUUGCAACAUUGCCGACCGCUUCUUUCGUUCGUCGGUGAAGAUAAUAAUAGGUAAUCGGAGAAAAAAAAAAACAAGACUAGAGCAGGUACCUAUUGAUUUUAGGUGUAUUAGAGGCACAAGGUAAUAGACAUAUGUGCCUAAUGCACAUUAUCCGGG